ACUAAUUAUAAAAGGGACGGAGUGAGCUUUGGGACAAGUGUGAUUUCCAGGACGGGGAAGAGCAAACGACAAUGCUGGGGCUGUUUGUCCUCCUUCUGCUCUCAGCUGGUGCUGAGAGUGCUUUCAUUGAGUCGAGGGACCUCGUUCAAUUCAGUGACAUGAUUUCAUGCAUCAUGCCAGGCGUCAUCCCACUACUGAGAUUCGGUGACUACGGCUGCUACUGUGGAGUUGGCGGAUCUGGGACACCAGUGGAUGAGCUUGACCGGUGCUGCCAGACCCAUGACAACUGUUACGGUGAUGCGGAGACAAAGCACCAGUGCACUGGUUUCAGUUCACCCAAAGUGAUUACAUACUGCUACACCUGCUCAAAGGGGAAAAUUGAAUGUGAUGGUGGAAGUAGUACUUGUAAAAAGUUUAUCUGCGAAUGUGAUCGCCAGGCAGCCAUGUGCUUCAAAAAGGCAAAGUACAAUCCUGAGAACCAAUUCAUGGAUCAAUCCCGCUGCAAAUAGAAGCUCCAACGUGUCCGUGUGCAUGUAAAUUCCCUCGACAAGCACUGUCCUUUCAAAGUGUGUCAAACAUGUUAUUUCCAGGAUCUCUAAACAUCCUUGAACUCCAUAUUUACUAUGUUAAUGUAAUCAAUAAUCCCAUUAACAUUUCCUGUUCUCACAGUCUAACGUUAUCUGUGCCACUGGGGAAGCUAAAACCCUUCAUCAUUUCAAUCUUCCUCCCAGUGAAAGCAUGUUCUGUGAAUUUCUACCCAUCACUUUAGAAAAUAAAAUGGGGUUAUCCAUGUCCAUUUUCCCCAGAUCCUCUUCAAAAUAUUAAUGCUGCAGCACUUGGGAAUCAUAUUAAACAGCCAGGUGUAAAUCCUGUUGGGGUAUUGUUCAUCCCCCAGCUCAUCCUUUCUUUAAAACCUUCCCUCCAUCCAUCCUUUCUUUAAAUCCUUUUGGGACGGUGUUUAUUCCCUCUGCCCACACUUUCCUCCUCUGUGGAAUCUGAGCUAAGAUCCAUUCAGUCCCAAGUGAUUCAAACCAUCGGAUAGCCCACAGCAUGUAAUAAUUAUAGUUAGUUCCUCACACAUAGGUCCUUUGAAGAUAAAAUUAUAAAGUAAUUGGGGAAAGUAAAAAUAAAUAUUUAAAUUAUUUUGAACUCCAUGGAGCAUGUGGGGAUCCUCUGAUAUCCAGGCAAUCUUUCUCUCUGUUUUUCCUUUCUUUAGAUAAGGGUUAAGGGGAGGGGGGAGGGUCAAUAUUAUUUUUCUCACUUUUUUUAUCAUCACAUUUAUUCUUUGUAAUUUUCUAAAAUUUAAUAAAUAAAUAUAUAUUUUUUUAAAGUUAGUUCCUCACAGUUCUGUUUCUAAUCACUGCUGCACUUCUAAACCUAAAUUUGAUUAUACUCAAAGUUUGAUUUCAAUGACGUUGGUAACACUAAGGUGGCGGUUGUCUCUCUUCUAUAAGCCAAUAAACCUGAUUUAA